AUGGCAUCGCAGGAGAAUACGACCCAGUCGAUCAGCGCUGACGAGAUUGCUCUGUACGACCGUCAGAUCCGACUGUGGGGUGUGAAGGCGCAGGAAAAACUACGAUCCGCGAACAUCCUUCUAAUCACCAUUAAGGCAUUGGCGAACGAAAUUGCAAAGAAUUUAGUAUUGGCAGGUAUUGGCGGUCUGACCAUCCUAGACCAUGAGGCUGUCACAGAGGAGGACCUGGGAGCGCAAUUUUUUGUGCGUGAGGAGCAUGUUGGGCAGAAUCGUGCACAAGCAGCCAGCGCUGAAAUCCGUGUCAUGAACCCCCGAGUCCAACUACGAGUUGACACAGAGAACGUGCGCAUCAAACAACCAGACUACUUUGGCCAGUUCGACAUCAUCAUCGCAACAGAGCUCGACUUCUCCACCUACACUACGAUAAACGCCUCCUGCCGUCUCGCCAACCGCCCCUUCUACGCCGCCGGCCUCCACGGCUUCUACGGCUACGUCUUCUCAGAUUUAAUCUCGCAUGACUUCGUCAUCGAACGUUCGAAGUCCAACGUCCCCUCGCAAUCCCAAGAGACCCCAACCCGAAGCGUUCUAAACAUCAACACCAAAGUCGAAAGCGACAAGGUCAUCGAAAUGGUCACUAAGAGAGAGGUCUACUCCCCACUAAUCCUGGCAAACACCUCCCCUCUCCCCGAAAACUUUACCCGUCUCCCGCGUCGCAGGAGACAAGUGACGCCGCUCCUAACCUGUCUGCGCGCGCUGUGGGAAUUCCAAAAACUCCCCGGAAACCACACACCCCUCCCCACGCUCUCGUCCCGCCAGGACCUCGAGACCUUUACCAAACUCGCCCGCGACAGGCACCACGAGCUGAAACUCGACAUCAGCACCCUCGACUCAACCUUCCUGCGUACCUUCCUUGAAAACCUCGGCAGUGAACUGAGCCCCGUCGCCGCGUUCGUGGGCGGUUCUCUCGCGCAAGAUGUCAUCAACGUGCUAAGUGCCCGUGAACAACCACUGCAGAAUCUGUUGCUGUUUGAUGGUGAUAAGUCUGUGGCACCGGUUUAUCCGUUGCAUCCAUUUUUCCCACCCGAGGUUGAGAAUGCCCUGCCGGCUGUUACGCCUGCGGCUGUAAAUGCGAUUCCUGUGCAUUCUGGGCCGGCUGCUGCCAAUAACAACGCUGUUACUGAUCUUACGCAGUAA